CCCACUUGUAAUCUACUGUACAGCAGAGUGACAUCCACUUACCUGCUUUUUUAUUUUUAUUUUUUUUUAAUUACCUUGACGCCUUAGCCACUUAAUUGGUUUUUCCGUUUUGCGUAUGACAACUGGACUGCAAAACUUUCCAUUUAACGAAUUAUUGAUGUUUCAUUCUUUUCGUCCUCAUUUUCGUCUACAGAGUGGUAUUACCUACUUAAAAAUGUAUUUUUUUUAUAUUUUUUAUCUGGGUAUAUCUAAAUAGUAUAUAAUAUGUAAAAGACAAACAAAUGUAUACGUCUCACUAUGUUCUUUAUGCAUUCCUAAGCCAUGCAUCCGAUUUUGAUGAAAUUUAGUACAGAGAUAGAUUAGACUUUGGGAAGAAGAUAACCAACAUCUUGUCUCGAAAAAAGGUAAAUAAGAGGUCCAACCGGGGAAUGUUCUCGUAAGGGGUAUUUUGAGAUGAUUAUGAUUAUUAUUAUUUUUGUUUAUAAAUGGUUGUUAUAAUAUUGGUUUUAAUAAUAAUUAGCAGUGCUCGAAUUGGAGGGGUGCACAGGGGGACGGAUCUCCCCUGCUAUUUUUAUUUUUUUUUUGCGUACCCUUAUUAAUUUUUUUUACUUGAACCGGGAUGGUACAAACUAAUGUCCGAAAUAAUUUUUAUUAAAAUGUGGAUUUCAAUUGAUGUCAAUUAUAUGACAAGUUUUACUAUUUUUCAUAUCAAAAUUAUUUUUGAUAUUAGUUUAUUAAUUAAUUAUAAUAUCACCCUGUGUUUUGCCUAAAUAGUCAGUAGUUCACAUAUCAUAGAUCAUAUACAAGUAAGUUAUCUAAGGCACAGGCACUAAUGUGUGAUGUAGUACCCACUAUUUUAAAUCGUGUUCCGAAUGAAAUGUUAUCAGUUUCAUUUUUUUUUCACAAAUUUUUUUAUACUAAUUAUCAAAAUAUGUAGUCUCUUUUGAAUCAAAAACAAUAAUUAUAAAUUUUGUUAUCUAUUUAGUACCUAUAUUGAAUAAACAGAUCAUUUAAAAUUGUUUUUCUCCUGUAACAAUGAAAGAUGUAGAUAUUGCUAUCAAAAUAUAUUAUACCUAUUUGGAAUUCAAAAUGUGUCGCUGAAAAGUGGUAUUUAAAAUGUGUGUAAGGUAGGAGCGUGGGGGUGGGCAAGGCCCCCACGGUUCUGUGUUGAGUAAUUGUGCCCUUGAAACGCAGUUUUUAAAUCGUUGGAUAGAGCUCCUCUAAUUAAUUUUUCCCAAUUCGAGCACUGAUCUUCACAAUAAAUUAUGCUAUGCUUAUUUUAUUUUACCGAUGAAAUUAUAUAGUUGAGUUUAUAACAAAAGAGAUAAUCAAAUCCAAUCAGCUUUUGUUAAUAAUUUUACAAUUUUAUAACUAGCAAUUGCAUUUGAAUGAAUAAUCUUGAUAAAAUUAAAUCAUGAAAUAUAAUUACUGAAUGAUAAAACACUAGGCGCAAGGUCACUAAAAAAUAAACUAUGACGUUGAAUACAAUAUUUAUCCGAAGCGAAUACAGCUUUAGCUCGAUCCUAAUAAUGUCAUACGUCAAAAAAUAUUUACAAAAUGUCAUGUUAUAAUUUUUCAAAUCGAUGAACCAUGAAGUACUUUUUUAUAAUUUUUGCUGAAUUCAUGAUUCUAGUCAAUACUGGAGCAAAAGAUUUCAAGUUUCACCCGAAUUUACCCCUUGGAGAAUAUCGAGUAAACAUUAUCGCUGCUCAGCAGUGUAAUGUAAAUUCCACUUUGCAGUUCAAUUUUUCUUUGUUUAAGACCUCUAGAACUACAAUUGAAUUAAGAGGAAAUAUAUCAUUUUUUAAGGCAUUUGAUGAUUCAUUAAUGUUUAGUUGUACUUUGGCAGUAAAAGAUAAAAUUGGUAGUUGGCAAAAUAAUGCUUAUGUAUAUAAUGCACCUCAAGCAUACUCGAGUCUUAAAAAACUAUUUGGGGCUGAAUUUCCAAUUUUAUUUAAGAGCUUUGGAUUAAAUGACACAAAAAAUAAAUCUGUAUCGCCGGGAAUAUAUAUCACCAAAGGUUACGUUAUAUCAAACUAUCCAUCAAAUACGAAUUUUCCAAAACAAAUGUUUUAUGGAACUUACAAAUUUAAAAUUAAAUAUUUGGAAAAAAAUGGCGAUCAAGCUGGAUGUUUCUCAUUUACCGUUGAAAUAAAACGUCCUUGGGAAACUGAAUAAAUGGGUUAAAUCAUGAAGUGUUUUAUUGUUUUUUAAAUUUUAACUAUUUGUUAUGAUUUUAAAAUAACAUAGAUAUGGGUUUUAAUAAAGGGGCUUAUGGAUAUAAUGAAUUCAAAUUGUAAUUUAUAAUAUAAUUAUUGCACAAUACUUAAAAAAAUGUAUUAUAUCACACUAUCCAUCAAAUACAAAUUUACAAAAACAUAUGUAACAUAAAUGGAUGUAUCAUGUAUUGAAAUAAUUAUAUUCAUCUAAAUUUAAAUUUUUAGUUUUAUAUAAUAGUUAACCUCAUAGUUUAAUAAAAAAAAUGUAAUAAUAUUAUCACGAAUACCAUGUACCAACUAUAUUUUGAGAGCACCAUUUCCCUCCAAAAAUGAAAAACCAUUUUCCACCACUGUUCUUUUUCUUCUUUAAAAUAAAGGUACUCUCCAUUUCCUCCACACAUUUAAUUGGAUUAGAAUCUUGUCAAUUUUGCUCCAAAUAUUAAAAUCAUAUAAUAUAUUAUAUGCGUUAAGUUUAUGAGUUAUUCCCAAUAGCUUGCCUAUAUUUUAGGUGAUACCGCAACGACCUUAACUUCUAAAUACCUAUAUCUAUUAUAUGAAUACGAUAUUAACAGUCAAGAAUCUCGUAACUUUGAUUACAUUUAAUUAAAAAAGACACAGCAUAACUCUAAAUUUAUCUAUUCUUUGAUCGUUAGCUCUCAGAGCCAUUAGCUCUUAUAAAAACAGUUCUUAAUCUCAUUGGGGCUUAAUAAU